GCGUAUUUGACGUUUUAAAAAGUAAUCUUGUAGUGCUUCGAAAAUUACGGAGGUACGUUGUUAUUACAUUAUUUCAAAUAAAGGGUCAACGACAACCACAGCAAUUACCCUAUCCUACCCGGAACAGAGCUAACCGUUCGGCCACCACCGAAGCUAAUAACCUCACGCGCUGUUUGGUCAGAAUGUCAUUAUGUACUUUAAGACAUUAACAACAACUUAUCUAAUUGUCAAAUUUGGAACGUACUUAUAACCUCGAAAACUUGUCCGAAACAGAAAAUACAUUAAAUUUAAUUGCGAUACAACGAUUCUUGCUCUAUGGUAUUACUAAUUUUUCAAAAUGAGUUCUAGUGAUGACAGCAAAGAAAGUUCAGAAAAGCAAGAAAAUGAUGAAAGAACCGCAAUAAGAACUGAAUUAUCGACGCUAUCAUUUGAAGAACUUCAGAAAUUGAAGGAAAGAAUCGGCGCUAAGGUAUAUAAUGAGGCUUUGUUUGGUAAAAAUAAUGCUGGAAAAUCGAAAAAAGAACUGAAGGUUUUCAAACGUGAAAACAAAAACAGGCCACGCGAAGUGAGCUCUAAGAAGCCAGUGCCAAUGUUUGAUGUGCCUAAAGCAAAGACAAAGGAAGUUCGCGAUCCAAGAUUUGAUCCAUUAUGCGGCGAGUUUGAUAAAAAGCAAUUUGCUGAGAACUACAAUUUCCUGUCAGACAUUCGUACGAAAGAUAUCAAGACUAUUAGAGCUGAGCUGAAGAAGGUUACAGAUCCUGAACAGGAGAAAAAACUGCGGCGGUUGCUGCAAAGGCUGAAUGAUCAAUACAAGGCUAGUAAGAAGCAGAAAGAAGAACGACAGAAACAGCAGAAGCAAAGGUCACAGGUCGAACAGGACUUUCAAACAGGAAAGCAUCCACAUUUCAAAAAUAAAUCUGAAAGUCGAGUGGAGGCCCUUGUGAAACAGUAUGAGGAAUUAAAGAAGAAAGGUACUGGCCGCAUUCAGAGGCACCUUAAACGGCGUCAGCAAAAGGUUAAGAAGCGUUCAAAUAAAGCCCCAAUUGGUGUAAGUUGA